CUGACGUCUAACAUGACGUAAAGAUUACUACUAUACCGACUUGUCGUAAACAUAACCUCCAAAAAUCGAGUUUGAAAAAUCCCAAGCAUGGGUUUUUAUCGAAAACGUAUUAUUAAUUAUUUAGUCAGAACGUAUUCAACGAAGAUAAAAACUCAGGUUAUACCGGACGAAAGCGUUCUAAAUAAAAUUGAAAAAAAUGUGUAUACCCCCAAAAACCACCCAGGUCUGUUUAAACCACGCUUGAUUCCUGUCCCAGAAGCGUUUAUAAAGGCUGUUACUACUGUAAUCGCAGAUUAUCCAAUAAAAGCAUUAAUAGAAGAUGGUAAAACGUUAAUUAACCAUUUAAAAUCCAAGAAACCCCCCGUAGAGAAGGACGAAAUGAGGAAAAUCGAACGCAUAGUGUACCAGAAAGUGAUGGAAAAACAGAAAAUUCCUCCACUGGAAAGUGAAGAAGACAAAAUCAGAUUCCAGCAAGUGGUGGAUAAUAAAGUUCGGAAUGUUUUGAAAUCAGGAUUUUACAACUGGAAACCUGUACAUUAUACUCCAUAUGAAGCUUUGGUUUAUUUGAUGUCCAGAUCAGCUCCAGAGUUUUCCGUCCUGGCACGAAUAUUUCUGGAAAUUGCUGAAAGGGAUCCAGGGUUUGAGCCUAGGAGUUUGUUUGAUUUUGGGUCUGGAGUUGGGACAGUCACGUGGGCGGCGAAUUUAUAUUGGAAGAAACACAUUUUCGAAUACUUCAACGUGGACUCAUCCAGAGACAUGAACGACUUAGCCCAAAUCCUACUCCAAGACGGAAAAGGCACAAACAAAAUGUCUCUACGGGGUGUUUUUUAUCGCCAGUUUUUGCCCGCAACUAAUACAACCUACGAUUUAGUCGUCUGUGCUUACACAUUACUGGAACUACCAUCACGACAGGCCCGAUUAGACACAAUUUUAAAUUUAUGGAACAAAACACAAAAAUAUCUUGUUGUAGUCGACCAUGGCACAAAUGCCGGAUUUCAAGUGGUUAACGAAAUCAGAGAUUUUAUUCUUCACACAAAAGUUGGACACGUCUUCAGUCCAUGUCCACAUGACGAAGUUUGUCCGAGAUUUGCCCAAAACGAUGGCACUCCUUGCAAUUUUGAAACAUUUUAUUUCAGCUUACCAGUAGGAGCUGUUAGUUUAAGGAAAUCGGAAAAAUAUUCAUACGUUGUUUUAAAGAAAGGAGAAAGGGACCCUUUGGACCCUCAAUGGCCACGAAUUAUUAGAAACACUUUAGUUAGGUCAAAACAUACGAUUUGUAGAAUGUGUACCAAAAAUGCAAAUUUGGACGAAGUCAUUUUUACAGCCUCAAAACAUGGAAAAAACUUAUUUUAUUGUGCGAGAGCUGCAAAGUGGGGUGAUUUGCUCCCAGUUUCGCUCGAGAAACAAGCCAAAGAAGAGGAAGACAAUGAAGAAGAGGCGAGGUAACAGGUACGUCACUUGCGCCAACAAUAAACGAAAAUAAAUUUAUUUGUAAAUGUUUUAAUUACAAAACUAAAACUGCAGAUUGUCUUAUGAAUCUUAAGAUAUUGUAAUUUACCACAUAUUACACUUUUAUUUGAUUAUUA